GGUCCUAAAUGACGGCCAUGGUUACACCUCAGCAAUAAAGCAGGACUUCUGUACUGCCAGAGGAUAGUUUCUUGAUCUCUUCUUUCUGAUCAAACCCACGUCACUGUCUUUAUGAUGUUGUGCACUCCAAUAUAAAUGCCAUGACAACACAAGCAGUGGUUCGUGACUGUACAGACGAUUACUUUAUGACUUUAUUGCCCUCCUGGUGAUGAGUUUCAUUAUGAGCUUAUCUGUGAUCAGCUUUCCCCACCUCAGUCCCAAACUUUGCCAUUACAAGGAAACACCUGGUACUGAUUUCAGAUCAGUGACAAAGUGCAACCUAUACAGCACCAUUUAUUACCCACCAACACUUCACCUCAUCCCAAGUUCUCCCAUUUUCCAGCCACGAAGAGCCAGGAAACAAAAGGUCUGCUUGACAAGCUGAACAAUUUCUCAGCCAAGGACUUAGAAAAAAAGACCACAGUUACACAGAAACAAUGCCGUCCACGGAGAAACUACUGCAUUUCUUGUCAAGUUCUUUUUUAUGUGUAGGUGGAGUGAUUUUAUUGGGUUAUGGGAUGUCGACAGACUGGGCCGAAGCCGAAAUGGAGUGCGCACCGAUGGACAGUAACGAAUUCAAUGGAUCCUCCAGUCUCAAAAUUGGCCUUUUCAACGGCACAGAGUCCAAAAUCUCCUGCCCCAGGAUUUCCAAAUAUAAUGAAAAAGUGCCUGUGUUUGAUCGUCUGGCGAAAUUAUCAGGAGCUCCAAUUAUCCUGCACGCUCUGGUUGUUAUCCUGUUGGGACUGGCUCUUUUCGGGUCUGCAGGCAGUAUUCUGGUCGCACUCUAUAACAGCUUCAGCAACCCAUAUCAGACUUACAUGGGACCAAUAGGGCUGUACACAUGCAGUGGACUUAGCGUAUGUGUGGCCAGCUUGGCGCUGAUUCUGUACGUGUCGAACGCCUACGCAGGCGAGAUGUUCCAGACACUGGUGAAAGCCGAUGCGACCCAAGUGAAGUUGCAAAAUGUAAACAUUAAGCUACAUGUGGGGUUUUUCCUUCUGAUACCGUACAUCGUCCUCAACGUGGUCGCCAUCCUCGUGGUCUAUCUGUACGUCCACGCCGCAUACACGCGCCGCAAAGAGCAGGAAAAACCAACGGAGGAUGCACCGAAAGAGAUCAUGAUGUACUAAAAUCAAAACAAAAUCUGUAUAAAGAUCCAUUUACACCAAAGACGAUUACUAUAAUGUUAACGAUAAAGACAUGACUAUAACGAUAACAAAACAUUGACAGCCAAUCUGAAUCCACCUUCCUUUGAAGUGCUCAAGCAUUUAAUGCGGCACAUGACAUAACUGCAGCACAUGCUUAUAAAAAACAGAAUGUUAUCAUAUUAUAGUUAUCUUUAUAGUUAUUCUUUGUGUGAACGGGUCUUAACGGGAGAUGAUUUUCAGACCUGAGCUGAACUGAGCCCAUUAUUUUGGAACUGACACAUUAACUGUGUAAUGAAUUGCAGAACUGAACUUAUCUGAAUUGUGUUUGCCAUGACCACAAAAUUGUAUUAGUUAUAGGCUAUAUAUACACACUAAAGCCUAAAAGUGUUUGUACUCUUAAAUCACACUAAAAUUGUCAUUGCAUUAGAUAACAGCAUCUCAUAGGCCUAUGCUUUUUGUGCUUUUGCUUUGUGAAAUGUUGUGCUUGUGCUGUUUCUUUAAAAAAAUGAAUGCCUUUUGUUUUCAUAUUUUAUCUGAUGCAUGUUUUAAGUGACUUAAGUGUUCAAAUAUUUUUAUAGGCCACUGCGUAUAUUUUAUUGCACUUAUGUUUAAGAAAUUAAUAUCAAAAACGUUUUGAAAUGUUAUUUAGUUGUUUAGCUUUUCUACUAAGAUUCUAAAUUUACUUCUAUCAGUUCCUUUAGCCAAUUUAAUACUCUUUUUUUUGCAAAUUUUAUGUGAAAAUAUUUAGUGCUUACUAUUUAUAUGCUUACACAUCAAAUGCUGUUGGUUUUAUUGGCUUUUUUAAAUUAUAAACUGUCAAUAUAUUACAAUUAUGUUAUAUCACACAU